UAUUGUUGUUGCCGCUGGCGGAACACAGCAGUCAUGUUUGUAUCGUGUACUUAGCCCUGAUAGUCUGUAGCUACAUAUUAGCUUGUUUAAAUGCUCCAAUUUUCACCCAGGCUGUUUUCUCUCUGUAAUCAUGAACAGGACACAGCUGAAGCGGUCCAGUAUCUUGAGAAUGGCUCUGGCCGGCUCGGAAACGAUGGACCCAGACGGACACGGAGAGACUUUCUUACUCCGAGCUGUUAGAAUAGCAGCUGUUGUUGUAUUGUACUGGUUCGUCUCAAUUACAAUGGUGUUCCUCAAUAAUCAUCUUCUGGACAACCGUGACUUGGACGCGCCGUUAUUUGUGACUUUUUAUCAGUGUGUGGUGACUGUCGGGCUGUGCUGGCUCAUGCAGCUGCUGUCCAGGUUGUGCCCGAGACUGAUCGACUUCCCGUCGGUCAGAUUCGACGUGAAGACGUCCCGGGAGGUUCUGCCGCUGUCUGUCGUGUUCAUCUGCAUGAUCACCUUCAACAACCUGUGCCUGAAAUAUGUCGGAGUGGCUUUCUACACAGUCGGUCGCUCCCUCAGCACAGUUUUUAAUGUGCUGCUUUCAUAUGUCAUCCUGAAACAGACCACAUCUCUCCAAGCCUUACUGUGUUGUGCUUUCAUCUUAGGUGGAUUCUGGCUCGGUGUGGACCAGGAAAGCAUGGCGGGGUCCCUCUCCUGGUCAGGCGUCUUUUUCGGGGUGCUGGCCAGCGCCUUUGUGUCUCUCAACGCCAUCUACACAAAGAAAGUGAUGCCUGCAGUAGAUGGAAACAUCUGGAAACUGUCCUACUACAACAACAUCAAUGCCUGCGUCCUCUUCCUCCCACUUAUUCUUGUGUUUGGAGAGUUGGGUCAUCUCGCCAACUUCAGUCGCCUGUCUGAUCUCGGGUUUUGGGGCAUGAUGACAGUCGGAGGAGUGUUUGGUUUCACUAUCGGCUACGUCACAGGCCUCCAGAUCAAGUAUACGAGUCCGCUCACGCACAACGUCUCAGGGACCGCAAAGGCCUGCGCUCAGACUGUUAUUGCAGUAGUGUACAACUCGUCAAGUAAAAGCCUGCUGUGGUGGACCAGUAACAUGAUGGUUCUCUGUGGCUCAUCAGCCUACACUUGGGUCAAAAGCCUAGAAAUGAAGAAGACUCCCUACAAAGUCCCCCAGGAUUCAGCCAAGGAAAAACUACUGUCAGGGGAGAAAGGCAACAUGGGAGUGUAACCUUUUGUAACUGGGUUUUCACUGAGAAAUGUUCAGUUCUUAUCCACAUGGCGUAAGAAUGUUGAUUUUUAGGAUAUGACUGAUUAGCGAUUGAAGCGAUACAUGCGGUUUUUGCAGUGAUGUUGACUGAGUUUAAUCAUACUGUUUAUACAGUUUGACAUACGAUAAAGGUGUUUGAAGUCAUUUAUAUGUAUUUUUUUAUUUAAAGCUAUUUACAUUCAUUUGGGGCCUUUUUACUAUUACUUUAAAAAAAAUUGCUGAGAAAUAUAAUAAUGUGUCUUUUAUGGUGUAGACUACCAGUGAAGGAAAAAAUCCUGUUUUUAUUCACAGAAAAGAUGCAAAACAUUAACUUGUAAUUGAGGAUUUUAGUUUAAUAUAGAAAACUUUUCUACAUUUAUUGUUUAAUUAUAGUGACAAUAGUUUUAUUAGAGGGGAUGUCAAACAUAAAAAUUGCUGCCGUUUUUAUGAAUGUAUGUUAUUUUAAUGUUAUUAGGCUAGCCUCUGGCCGGGAACAUCUCUGCUUUCUCAAAUAUGAAAAAAACCAAGAGCCAUCAAAUAAACACUCCUUCCUUUAUACUGAUGCAGUCACAAACUUGUACAUCAUUUACAUAUAGGCUAUAUUAUGUAUUUGCAUUUCAAAACUAAACUGGGGCAGACUGAAAGAGAGCCUUGGGAGAGUAUUUACUUACAGGUCUCUCAUAUGUCACGUGUGCUCUUACAUUUGAAAUGGGAUUUACAUGCGUCAAUAUCUUUACAAUAAUACAUUUCACUCCAACUGAGUAGUCUUUGUUUGCACUUGUAAUUCAAUCUUAAUUUAUUGUAUGACAUGACAGGUAAAGGUUUGGGUAAACCAUUGUCUAUGUUCCAAACCAGCUUUUUAAAAUGUCUUUCUAACAUUUCAUUAAAGCUCUGGUGGUUAUGUAAACUCAA